GUCCUGUUUUCCCAUAUCAGUGGCCUCGAUAUUGGGAUUGUGGUAGGCCAGAAGGAAUCACACGACUCUGCUCCCGUUGUCGAUGUCAAAGAGGGUGCGGGGUCACGAUCACCCGAAGAGCCUUCUAUAUUCAGCUGCAGUUCCUCGAGUGCGGGUCCUUCAUCGGUGUUCAAUAGUGAGGAAGAAAAUCCGACGCCUAGCGGAACACAGAGUAAACCGGAUCAUGCUGGUGUCUUUGCUCCCGUAGGUCGAUCAGCGGAGCAGAAUGUCUUCGGCGAGGAUGAUGUUACACCAUCUACCCCCAGGAGCGCGGUUCUUGUCGCGAGUAAGAACAUCAUCAAGUCCCCAGGGUUACAACAAAGACAGUGUCAGGGUCCUUCAGAAC